CCUACACGCAUGCGCAGUUGUACAUGGCAGCAUUGGGUAUCAAUUUGGUCAAACAGCGGGUGAUAAAAUGGGGCCUCUGGGACCCCAAACAACCAGGCAGCCAAUAAUGUCAGCAGAACAGGAGGGUUACAUCCAUACCCAGCUAUGAAAUGUCAAACCAUAAACUAAAAUCCUCCCAAAAGGACAAGGUACGGCAGUUCAUGUCCUUUACUCAAGCUGGGGAGAAGACCGCCGUAUACUGUCUCACUCAAAAUGACUGGAAACUAGAGGUGGCCACGGACAACUACUUUCAGAACCCAGAUUUGUACCACAAGGAAUCCAUGAAAAUCUCAGUGGACCGAAAAAAGCUGGAGCAGCUUUACAAUCGAUAUAAAGAUCCCCAGGAUGAGAAUAAGAUUGGGAUCGAUGGAAUUCAACAGUUCUGUGAUGACCUCAAUCUGGAUCCGGCCAGCAUCAGUGUUCUGGUUGUGGCAUGGAAAUUCCGUGCAGCAACACAGUGUGAAUUCAGCAAGAAAGAGUUAAUUGAUGGCAUGACAGAGCUGGGGUGUGACAGUCCGGAGAAGCUUCGCGCUCUUCUGCCCAGAUUAGAACAGGAUCUGAAAGACAGCGGAAAGUUCAAAGACUUCUACCAGUUCACCUUCAACUUUGCCAAGAAUCCUGGACAAAAAGGUUUAGAUUUAGAGAUGGCAGUAGCAUAUUGGAACCUGGUUCUGGUUGGACGUUUUAAGUUCCUAGACCUCUGGAACAGAUUUUUAUUGGAGCAUCAUAAGCGAUCAAUUCCCAAAGACACAUGGAACUUGCUCCUGGAUUUCGGCAACAUGAUUGCAGAUGACAUGUCAAACUAUGAUGAAGAAGGAGCAUGGCCUGUUCUCAUCGACGACUUUGUGGAAUACGCUCGGCCAAUCGUGAUGGGAUCAAAACGCAAAACUGUAUAGUAACACUGCCCCUGGGCGAGAACUCACGCCUUGGUCGCCUCAUUGACUUUGUAGUUUUUAUAAAGACUUGUAAGCAUUAUAAGAGAGAACUAAGAGAAACACUUGAAACCGACAAGCUUUGCAAAAGGAAAAACAGGAUGGAAAAGACGACUCAGACUUCCACACAUCACACAGGAAGGACAAGAGUGCGAAACUCAAGAUUUCUUAUAGAGCCAUCAAAUGCACAUGGCCAGCUAUAUUUGCACUGGCGACUCAAUUCUAGCCCGAAACCCUUGGAGAUUUUGGGUGGAUAACUUCGAACCUAGUACCUCAUCUCCAUAGCAGUCAGUGUCACUCUAUAGGGCCGAGUCCUCAUUGCCUACCCACUCCUCACAGUCUGAGUUAUGGAAUAGUCUCUCCAGUUUCGUUUUAGAUUAUGUACCCAUCUGUCUGGGUGUGUAUCUCAUGCAGGACGUGAUGCUGAUCAUGUCUGCAUUUUAAGCCAGAUGUUCAUGGGAGCAUGCGGCUCACAACACCAGCACUAUUGUUACAGUUGUAAAAUACUGUACCUACUGCAGCAGUAUGUACAGAGAGAAAUGUAUUCUCAGUAAUGUUUUAUUAUAUGAAAUAUGAGAAAUAUGAAAGAAAGGCGUGGUCAAAACAAGAUGCCGCCAUACCAUGUUCUUGUGUGAUUUUAGGUCAAAUGUGUCAUCUGCCCUGUUGCGGAACUUGUAACAACACGGUUCAGUGUUACUUUUUUUUUUUUGCAGAUUUAUGUUAAGAAAUAAAUUAUUGCCCUUUAUGUUCUUCUCAAUCUCUAACAACCCUGUUAUUCUUUAACUGGGCAUCUAUGCUUGGACAACAAGAGGCUUUGCAAGCUUUCACUAUGAAACAUUCUCCCAUCAGUAUCACAAACUGAACAUGCUUCUGAAUCAAAAUGAUUAGUACAGAAUAUUAAUAUCUCCCUUCAUAAAUCUCUGAAAAGCAACCCUGAAGCAUGAUGGUAGGGCUGCAGUUAUAUUUGGUUUGCACCAAACAUUCAGGACACUGGGUUAAUUUUAGUGUCCUGAGACCACAAUUAUUUAUAUAACAAAAAAAGCUUCUAGCAAAAUUCAGGCAUGAUGUAAUGUUCAUCUUUUUCAGAAGCGGUUUCCUUCUUGUCGAAGAGUGCCAAAUCUGCAGUGCUGAGAAUAUUGAUGCCAGCCAAAAUGCUCUGCAUCGUGGUCAGUAGUGUAGCUGGCCUAUUGGUCACCCGUAUGACAUCUUUUUUCUCUUGCUCAGUUAGGCCUGGAUUGUGCCCAGUGUUUCUUGCAUCCAUUAAUGUGUAUAGGGAGAUUUAAACCUUUGCCAAUAAUAUUAUAAUACCUUUUGAAGCUUUUUUUAAUUCUUCAGUUCUUCUGAAAGUUCGAUUUCACGGGCUGAUCUUUUGUUUUAGUGAAUAGAAGCAGUCCAACACAGUAAAAUAACUGAUUAUAUCACUUAAUUGAAUGUAUUUAAAACAGUUUUAGUAUGAUUAUGUAUGACUUUCUUCUGUGAAACAUGAGAUUUUAGGCUGUCAUCUGCCUGAUAUUCUCAAUUCUCAAAAAAAAAAAAGUAACAGGAACAACAUGAGGGUGAGUAAACGAUGACAAUUUUUAUUUUGGGUGAACUAUUACUUUAAUGGCGGAAAGAAACUUUCAAUGCAAUUUUACUGUGUACCACAAGAGAGCGGCAAUGUGUUUAUAAUCCAAAGAGGAUUCACGUUUUAGAGGUUGUGUGUUUAUGUAUUGCUGCAUUUUUAUUAUGUGUGUUUAUAUAUGUUAUAAUAUUCUAAGUGUGUAAAAAAUGUAUUUUAACUGAAAUUUGCAUUUUUGUUGCAUUUUUCGUUGUUACUUCCAAUCCAUACAGAUAAUAA